AUGGCCCCCAGCUGUCCAUCCCUGACAGCUCCUGGCCCUCCUCGGGCACAAGCUGGGGGUCUCCUCGGCCCGGAGCCGGGCCUGCGCGUCGCCAGCUCCUCCAGGAACCCAACUACUGCAGGCCGCGCCCCCCACUCCCAUCCCACCGAGGCCCCCUUCCGGCGUCGCCGAGAGAGAGCUCAGUCUCCGGCUCCCCCGACCAGGGACUCACGGGGACGGUGGGACAGACUCAGGUCCCCUCCCGCAGCCGGGCUGCCCGGGCCGGCGCGCGCACAACAGGCGGCACCCAGGAAUUCGGGACUCAAGAGCUGGCCCCGCCGCCCGGGCACAGCAACGGGGCGUGACGGGCAGGCGUCCCCAGCCCGACCACCCGGGAGCCAAGCGCGAGCACCGAUCCCGGGGUCGCAGCCCACAGUCCCGGCCGGCCUCCCCCCUCGCCGCAGAGGCUGCCCAAGGCUCUGCACCUUCCUCGUUGCCCGGCUCGGCUGCCCCGAGGCCCCGUUCUCCCUUCCCGGCGUGGGCGAGCUCCGACUCGCCAAGAAGCGACCUUCCUUCCAGUCCGGUGCCCGACGCCCAGAGCUGAGAGAGCGAGAAGAAGAAAGACGCGGAGAAGGCGACACCGCCUGGACUGGGGCUCGCGACUUCCAGAAGCCCUCCCGAGGUCCCGUCCCGCCGCCGCCGCUGCCGCCCGGCCGGCAGGGGGCAGAAUGA